CCUCCAGUCCACGUGCCACUGUGCACAGUACAGUACAGUACAGGUAAACAACCAAGAAAUCAAGUUAUACAGUCUUUAGAGAGCGCUAGUCAUGCCCAAUAUCAAGCUAUUUACAGGAAACUCCAACCCUGAGCUGGCACAGGGCAUUGCUAUCAGGCUCGGUCUUCCAGAGCUCAGCAAAGUGAGCGUUACCAAGUUCUCAAACAAGGAAACAUGUGUUGAGAUAGGAGAGAGUGUGCGAGGAGAGGAUGUGUAUAUAGUGCAGAGUGGUUCGGGGGAGGUCAACGAUAAUCUCAUGGAGCUCCUCAUCAUGAUCAAUGCUUGUAAGAUCGCCUCUGCUGUGCGAGUCACAGCUGUCAUCCCGUGCUACCCCUACGCUAGGCAGGAUAAGAAAGACAAGUCUCGUGCCCCCAUCUCUGCCAAGCUAGUCGCCAACAUGCUCUCAGUAGCUGGUGCUGAUCACAUCAUCACCAUGGACCUCCACGCCUCACAGAUACAAGGGUUCUUCGAUAUACCAGUAGACAACCUCUACGCAGAGCCAGCCGUGCUUAAAUGGAUCAAAGAAAACAUUCCAGACUGGGCCGAGAGCAUCGUUGUAUCACCUGAUGCAGGAGGGGCUAAGAGGGUUACAUCGAUUGCUGACAGACUCAAUAUUGGAUUUGCACUUAUCCAUAAAGAGCGUAAAAAGGCAAAUGCAGUGGAGUCUAUGGUCCUUGUGGGGGAUGUGAAGGAUCGUACUACCAUCAUUGUAGAUGAUAUGGCUGAUACUUGCGGUACUCUAGCCAAGGCUUCCGACAGAUUGUUGGAGGCUGGUUCAAAGAAGGUAUUUGCCAUCUGUACUCACGGUGUUCUGUCAGGACCAGCCAUUGAGAGGAUCAACAACUCUCCCCUGGAGGCCAUUGUGGUCACCAACACUAUACUGCAGACAGAGAAGAUGAAACUCAGCCCAAAGAUUAAGUUGAUUGACGUGAGCUCUAUGCUUGCCGAGGCUAUUCGACGUACCCAUAACUGCGAGUCUGUGUCCUAUCUCUUCUCUCAUGUACCACUCUAGCCUCUAGUCGAUAAUAACUGCUUCAACUAACAAUCAGCGUCUUAGCUACUUGUGUAUGCCUGUAUAUCUGUGCUUGCUGCUUUACUACCUGUGAUUCCCUUGUAUGUUAUUACAAAAAUUUUGCUGCACACAUUUAAUAUCAAUUUGACAAACAA